GUAAACUUGAUGCUCUACGUGGCGCAAUUUCAUUGGCGAAGACACGAAUGUCGCCCAAUAAAGCCAUUUGCCUAUUCUCCCUCCCCUAGUUUCUUCCCAAAGCCAAAUUCAAUUGUCAAUUCAAUUGUGAGUUAAUCAUAUACUUUUGUUACUUGAAUGGAAAAGAGAGUGUGUGCUAAUUGCUAAACAACGAAUUUGGAAUUUCGAUUUGAUUAUACUUCCAAUGGCGGAAGGACCGGAGUCGAUCCCUUCAAGCUCUCAAUCCUCUUCUGCUCUGAAAUGGCAGGACGACAAUCUUGAACAAACCCAGGUUCCUAAAAUUUCCAGUUUCCCCACUUUUCCAAAUGGUAAUGUGCAAAUGAUUCCAAUCAUGUAUCCUGCUCUUGUUCCUGGAUCAGCUUCUUCGGAAAAUCAAAAUCGUGGAGCUGGUAUUUAUGCGGUUCCUUCUUUUCCAUCAAUGGGGGGACCCAUUAUUGGAAUGACGACUAACAAUCUUAUUCCUCUGACUUACAGCAUACCCACUAGAUCUGAUACCAGUAAUAGAACAAGUCCUGAGGGUGGCUCAGCAGUUGAAGAGAAUGGGCGAGUAGAAGGACAACAACAGCCACAACAGCAGCAACUAGCACCCCAAAGACAAGUCGUUGUUAGAAGAUUUCAAAUUGCAAUACAGAUCGAUUUGUUGCUGAUAUUGAAGCUUGCUGCUGUUAUUUUUCUUGUUCAUCAAGAUGGUUCAAGACAAAGGCUUAUUGUUUUGGUGAUUUGUGCUUCACUAGUCUAUCUAUAUCAAACUGGAGCACUAACACCGUUGAUACGAUGGCUGUCUCAAGGCAUGCAAAGGGCAGCUGCACCUCCCCAUCCCCCGAGACCGGGUGUUAGGGCAGAGAAUGCUCCGAUCGCUCCUCCAGCUGCAAGGCAAGAAGGUCAGAACGCUGCUUUUGCAGAGGGACAACCAGGGGCGGAGGUUGAGAACCAACCUGCGAAUGAAGCAAACCGAGGUGCUGAAAAUGAGAAUGUGGCAGAGGCUGGUGCUGGUGCUGGAAAUGGUGGUCUCAACUGGUGGGGAGUGGUGAAGGAAAUCCAGAUGAUAGUCUUUGGCUUCAUUACUUCCUUGCUCCCAGGCUUCCAUAACCACAUGGACUAAAAUUUUACUGAAAAAGCUCAUGAACCAAUCCGAAGCUGGAAACAUUUUUUUUUUCUUUUUCUUUGAGCAAACAACUUGAAAUGUUCUGAAGGAUGCUGGACAAAACCGGUUUGUAUAGACUGAAAAAAUGAAAUUUAGCAGUGGAUUAUGAGUUUAGCUUCGAUCA